AACACACACGGGAACUCAGCUUGAUAAGCCAUUUACAGUUACAGAGAUCAGAUCCAGCACGCAAUUCCCGGCCAAUUGAAAAGAUUUAAAACGCAGAGAGAGUGAAACAGAGAGAGAGAGAGAGAGCGGAGGCGACACCAACACACACACACACAGACGCGAUUUGCGGCAGCGUUCUUUGUUGCAAAUUACCGUUGGACCCCCCCGUCCCACCCCUUCCUUCCCUAGCACUAGCCCAGCGAUCCACGAUCCACCAGCCAGAGCCAGAGCUAGUUGCUUCCAGCCAGUGCUCCGAUGCAGACGUCUCGCUGAAACAACAACAACUCAUCGCUGGACUGGAAAGGAGCGCGCACAGCACAGCUACCAUGUCGGCGGUGAACCAGAAGGAGAGUCCCAGCCGGGACUCCACAGCCUCCACAUCCGGACACAUAUCGAUGCUGGCGGACAACACCUUGGAGUCGCUGUCGCGGGACUACAGUUUGGGCAGCUUGAACUCGGCUGGCAGCCAGGACGAGUUCUUCCGGUGCCGCGACCAUGCGGACAACAUCCUCAAGCGGAUGCAGCUCUAUGUGGACAGCCAGCAGCUCUGCGACGUGGUCCUCAUCGCUGGAAUCGAUGGCAAGCGGGUGCCCGCCCACCGCCUGGUGCUGUCGGCGUCGAGCGCCUACUUCUCGGCCAUGUUCACGGGAUCGCUGCGCGAGACCAAGGAGCAGGAGGUGACCCUCGGCGAGGUGCACGGCGACGCACUGCAUCUGCUGGUGCAGUACUGCUACACGGGCUUCAUCGAGAUGCGCGAGGACACCGUGGAGACGCUGCUGGCCACCGCCUGUCUGCUGCAGCUGAACGCCGUCGUCACGGCGUGCUGCAACUUCCUGGCCCGCCAACUGCAUCCAUCCAACUGCCUGGGCUUCGCCUUCUUUGCGGAGCAGCAGAGCUGCACCACGCUGCUGCGACUGGCGCAGGCCUACACCUGCCAGUACUUCAUGCAGGUGUGCCAGAACCAGGAGUUCUUCCAGCUGAACGCCGACCAGCUGGGCAAGCUGCUGAGCAGCGAUGAUCUCAAUGUGCCCUCCGAGCAGGACGUCUUCCACAGCCUGAUGUCGUGGGUGCGCCACGACGCCGCGGCCCGCGAGCCGCACAUCGCCGAGCUGCUGGCCCUCGUCCGGCUGCCCCUGCUGCAGCCCGCCUUCAUCAUGGACCACGUGGAGAACGUGUGCAACGCCAACGAGUGCCAGCAGCUGGUGAUGGAGGCCUUCAAGUGGCACCUCAUGCCCGAGCGUCGCUCCCGCAUCGCCACCGAGCGGACCACGCCGCGCAAAUCGACGGUGGGCCGCCUGCUCGCCGUCGGCGGCAUGGAUGCCCACAAGGGGGCCAUCAGCAUCGAGAGCUACUGCCCGCGCCUGGACAAGUGGACCCCGUGGAAGCACAUGACCGGUCGGCGCCUGCAGUUCGGCGUCGCCGUCAUGGAGGACAAGCUGAUCCUGGUGGGCGGACGCGACGGCCUGAAGACCCUGAACACCGUCGAGAGUUUGGACCUGAACACGAUGGCCUGGACGCCGCUCAAUGCCAUGGCCACGCCGCGCCACGGACUGGGCGUGGCGGUGCUGGAGGGUCCGCUCUAUGCGGUGGGCGGUCACGACGGCUGGAGCUACCUGAACACCGUGGAGAGAUGGGAUCCCAUUGCGCGCACUUGGAGCUACGUGGCGCCCAUGUCCUCGAUGCGCUCCACCGCCGGCGUGGCUGUCCUGGGCGGUCGUCUGUACGCGGUGGGCGGACGCGAUGGUUCCGUCUGCCAUCGCUCCAUCGAGUGCUACGAUCCGCACACCAACAAAUGGAGUCUCCUGGCGCCGAUGAACAGAAGACGCGGCGGCGUGGGCGUGACGGUGGCCAAUGGUUUCCUGUACGCCUUGGGUGGCCACGACUGUCCGGCCAGCAAUCCGAUGGUCUGUCGCACGGAGACAGUGGAGCGCUACGACCCAGCCACUGAUACCUGGACACUGAUCUGCUCGCUGGCCCUGGGCCGGGAUGCGAUCGGCUGUGCCCUGCUGGGCGACCGCCUGAUCGUCGUCGGCGGCUACGAUGGCAACCAUGCGCUGAAGAGCGUCGAGGAGUACGACCCGGUGCGCAACGGAUGGAACGAGCUGGCGCCAAUGGCUUUUGCGAGGGCCGGCGCCUGUGUGGUGGCCAUACCCAAUGUCAUACCGCCGGCGGCCCAACAGCCGCCGCCCAGUGCUACAGUUUAGUCUAAACCCACUCCACAUUCGGUUGCAGUGUAGACCCGUUGAAUGCAUCGCAGUGGGAAUCUAUAGCUGUAGGAGUAGCUUUUUAGGAACGAUUUGCAUUUAUAGCCCAGCCAAAUUUCAACCUAAAACUAGAGGAUACUAGACUUAUUUAAAAAGAAAAUUAAUUAAUCGAAUUUUAUGGAAUUUAUAAUUUGACUGGAAGCAAAUUAACUUGUGAAUUCCAUUAUAAUCAACUUUAAGACAUUUUUUUAGGUGAAAAUUAAUAAGUUUCAAUGGAAAUUUGGAUUUUAUAAUAAUAUUUCCUGAAGACACAUUCCACAUUAGCAAAAUGCAUAUACACUUUACUUAAACAGUGCUUUUUGGUUGGUUAUAUUGUUUAUAUAGAUAUAAAUUAAAUUUUUUUUCAUAAAUAUAAUCAUUUCCAUUUGCAUACAUUAAAUUAAGAAAAGAAAUACCAAAAAAACGCAAGGUUUUUUUAGACUUUAGAAGGAAAAUAGUUUGUCUUUAAGUAGUUGCAUUUUCAAGCCUGAAAGCGAUGCACUUGGCGAAAGUACACUGCACCCAAUUCUAUAGUAGUUGUUGUAACUGUUGCUGUGAGCUGCUCGUGGUUGUUGCUCGUGUUCCCUAACCCGGCCAGUUUGAAAUGCAGCUAUGCAGCUCACCCUUUCGCCUCGCUCUCGUCUGUGUUCUCUGACAUGAUUUCCCUUGGUAUGGCACAUGUGCACCCUGAAUUCACCCACUUUCCAUGCACCAGUAUUCCCCUGUAAAUCACCCACAAUUUGGCUGCUACCUAGAAAUGUGUAUUUGAAAAAAAAAAAAAAUGAAAAAAAAUCAAAUUCUCAUAGGUCUUAAGAAGUGCAUGCUGUGCGAGGCUUUCAAGCGAAAUUCGAUCCCUAGCUGUAAUUAACCAAACGUAUUUUAUACGAUCCCCGGAUCCAUAGAUUGUUACCAUUACUCUCCAUCCCACUCACUCACAUGGUGUCGUACGCUUCACACACUGCAUGCCAUCUCGCUCGCACCGGUGACGGGCCCACACUCCAUCGAUAUCUUAUACAUCCUAGAUAAGACUGCGUCAAGACAAAAUUUCAAAAAUAAAAAAAAAUUUUCUCAUAUUUGCAUGUGAAGUGUGCGAGACCAUUUAAAAAACAUAAACAAAAAAAUACGAAAACGAAAACAAUCAAAAAAGACAACUGCAAAUGCUUAGUUUUAGUUAGUAAAUACAUACGUAUUCCAUGGAAUGAUUAAAUUUCGACUUCUGCAUCGUCAUUUUGUACCGAUAUUAGCAUUAGCCAGUAAAUACUAGAUGUGUGUGUGUGUGUGCGUACAGCGAGCAUUUAUUUCUAAUUGUUUAUUAUGUUUUUUUAUUUCUUUCUUUUCCCUUUCCCUUCGAUUGCAUUUAAAAAAUAAAGAAAAAGAAGAAGUGGAAGCCAGUGAGAUUGGAUCCAAUCUGCUAUAAUAGGCGUCCCAGAUCUGUCGAGUUUGUCGACUACUAUAACAUGUAAACAUGUAAAUGCAAGACAGACAAGACAACAAACUAUAAAAUAUAAACUAUGAACUUUAAACAUUUAAGCCAAGCUACGAAAAAACACAAGAAAACUUACAGAAAACAAAAAAAAAACAAAAACUAAAAAAAAGAACCCAAAUAUUAUGUAUUAUUUUAUAUUUACACAUAUAUACAUAUAUUUUUACACAAAACAUACACUGCAUAAAUGUAUACUCUGGAUAUGUAUUUUUUGUAAUAAAAACUAAAAAUAAAACGGUUA